GAGACACGGCCGCGGAGACGGCCACGGCGGAGCAGCUGGUCAUCUGCGACACCUGCGGCGACGACCUCAGCGCUGUGGACGAGGAGGACUACAUCACGGUGAAGGAGGGCACAGAUACGCGCAAGGCCAUCUGCCGCUGCAAGCCCUGCAACAACGCGCGCAAAAGGGUGAAUUCCAUGAAGGUGGGGAACCCGUCCGACUUCCAGACGUGGGAUAAGGUGGAGGACAAGAAGGCCUUCCUCGCGGAGGCCAAGUACCUCUACGGCGAGGACCUGAAGAAGAAUAUGAUCGAGCAGUGCAGGCAGACGAAGACGGAUAGCGACAAGCAGACCUUCCACCAGGAGGGCAAGUACAUGACUUUGUUGGAGGCCGCGGAGUUGCCCCGUUUCAAGACAGAUCCAGCGAGCUUCGAGACCUUGAAGAAGCGGGCGCCGCAAUUCGAGUGCGAGCUGACUGGGGCGCUGAUGAUCGUCGUGCCGGAAUACGCUUUCAGCCACGAUAAGUCCGCGGCGCUGGCCAACAAGGCGAAGCAGGAGAAGAAGGACAAGCCCGCCAGGCCGUUGCCGCAAGGGCUCGUCAACAGGGCCAACCUGUUGCGGGACAGCGUGCUCGAGAGCGCGACGCAAGUGACUCGCGCCCAGAUGGUGCUUUCAGACGAGUCGGCGAAGCAGUAUGUGCCUGAGGCCUUGCAGGGUAAAGCAGACGACCUGAUUAAGGGCUUGGAGGCCGCCUGCGAGAGCGGCAGGGACGUGCUCGCGAGGAACCGCAUCGACGAUAAGGGCCAACUCGCGCAGAUCAUCGACGAUAUGAAGAAGGCGCACACGGCGGCUACCAUGUACUACGACAAGAUUUCAAGUCUGCUGGAGGAGGCGCCCGAGCAUCAGAGGGCGGCUUGGUUCAUCGAGCUGGAGAACGGCGAAGAGGAGGCCGCGGCGGAGGACGAGACGGAGCCAGCAGAUCUUGGCCAGGGCAGCCCUUUGAAGCGCGCCCUAAGUGGGGCCGAAGCGAGCCCUUCGAAGCGCAGGGUUCCGCUCGGGACGAAGUGCAUCGCGGGCGCCGCG